AUGGGGAAAGAUAAGUCAGAAAAGCGCGAUAAGAAGGAAAAAAAAUCCAAACGCAGCGAGACAGAUGGAGUGAAAAAAGCGAAGAAAGACAAAAAGCCAAAGCUCACCGAGGAAAAUAUUAAUGUAGCAUUUCAAGAGGCUGUGAAAGACACCUUGCCUGAUGCUCCAUCCCCAAAGCCCGAAAAUGCCAAUUUAUCAGAAGCGAUCUUAGAUUUGAAGCCAGUUGGAAGUCUAGUUCCGUUUGCAAAUCCAUUGGCAGAUGAAAAAGUCACCAAGAAAGUUCUCAAGAGUGUCAAAAAAGCUGCUAAAAAUAAAACACUCAAGCGCGGCGUCAAAGAGGUUGUUAAAGCGUUAAGAAAAUCUCCACAAGGUGUUGAUGCCACUUCUGCGACUGGUGUUGUUGUACUUGCAGCAGAUAUCUCGCCAAUGGAUGUUAUAUCUCACAUUCCAAUACUUUGCGAAGAUCACAAAGUUCCAUAUAUAUUUGUUACUAGCCGCGCUGAGCUUGGGUCGGCAGGUAACACGAAAAGACCAACUAGUGUAGUAAUGGUUUCUGAAUCAAGGGUUGGCACAAAGAAGAGCGAGAAGAUUGAGGGUGAUGAAGAGUUUAAGGAUGUGUACAAACAAUUAGUGACGCUCGUAGAAAAGGAGUCUAGAAAUGUCAGGGUGUAG